CGGAGGCGCGCCGCAUGACGUCACGGGAAGGGGGGGCCCGCGGCGAGACGUGGCAGUGACGUCAGCGCGUCGCCGGGGGGCCGCGGAGCCGAGCGGCGCCGAACCGAGCGCGAGGCCCGCCGCAGGUGAUGCCCCGAUGAACGCGCGGCGCCGCCACGGCUCGAGGAACACGGAGCAGGGCGUUUACCUGGGGCCCCCCCAGACGCAGGCCGUGCCCCCCCCGCCGCCGCUCCGGGCCGCCCCCCCCCCCCCAGGCGCCGACGUCAUGUCGUGUCGCGAUAGGACCCAGGAGUUUCUGUCUGCCUGCAAGUCGCUGCAGGGCCGGCAGAACGGGCUGCAGCCCAGCAGAGCGGCUGCAGGAGCUGCCCGGCAGCGCAGCGAGUUCAGCCUCAUGGCCAAGCGCAUCGGGAAGGAUCUCAGCAACACCUUUGCCAAGCUGGAGAAGCUGACCAUCUUGGCCAAGAGGAAAUCCCUCUUUGACGACAAGGCGGUGGAGAUCGAGGAGCUCACCUACAUCAUCAAGCAGGACAUCAACAGCCUGAACAAGCAGAUCGCGCAGCUGCAGGACGUGGUGCGGGCGCGGGGCAGCCAGAGCGGGCGCCAUGUCCAGACGCACUCCAACACCGUCGUCGUGUCCCUGCAGUCCAAGCUGGCCUCCAUGUCCAACGACUUCAAAUCGGUGCUGGAGGUGCGGACGGAGAACCUGAAGCAGCAGCGAAGCCGCCGUGAGCACUUCUCCCGUGCCCCCGUCUCCGCCUUGCCCCUGGCCGCUGGCAAUUUGGGCGGCUCGGCAAUGCUGCAGGACGAGCCACAGCGCGCCGGGGACGUCGCCAUUGAGAUGGACGCGCGGACGAGCCAGCAGCUGCAGCUGAUUGAUGAGCAGGAUUCAUACAUCCAGAGCCGGGCGGACACGAUGCAGAACAUCGAGUCCACCAUCGUGGAGCUGGGCUCCAUCUUCCAGCAGCUGGCGCACAUGGUGAAGGAGCAGGAGGAGACGAUCCAGAGGAUCGAUGCCAGCGUGGAGGACGCGCAGCUGAACGUGGAGGCAGCGCACGGGGAGAUCCUCAAGUACUUCCAGUCGGUCACCUCCAACCGCUGGCUGAUGGUUAAGAUCUUCCUCAUCCUCAUCGUCUUCUUCAUCGUCUUCGUUGUCUUCCUGGCCUGAGCAUCCCCCGGUCUGGCCCCCCCCCCUUGUCCCUCCAGCCGGGACAGACGGACACGGCCGUGCUGUGACCGCGGGGCUCAGACGGACAGUGGGGGACGGGGUUAGGGAUACGCCAGGGACUGGCAGUGCCUGUGGUGGACCUUGGGCAGCCUCGGAGCCCCCUCGCCCCCGGGGAGCAGCGCGCCGGGCCCCCCUUCGCCACGGCUCCCGCAGCCUACGCCGAGGCCGGUCCCGGGGGCCGCCUGGUCAUGGUGGCUGUGACCUCCUGCAGUCUGCCGGCCUGCAGCCCCCUGCCAGGGGCCGCUGCGGGCCUCGUUAACGCUGUGGGGACCCCCUGAGGCCCGCGGAUGCGGGGCGGGGGCUGCAUUAAAAUUAUGGGACCUC